UACCGGCUGAUGGCUGACGCCGCCGCCGGUCACGUGGUACGGCCGCUCCCUGGGGGUGGCGCCCCGCGACGGUAUAUAUGCCCGCUGCCUGCUCCCACAGGCAGCACUUUCUGACAGAGGAUCUGCUCGCCUUCUACAAUGAACACCUUGGUACUGGUGGCUCUGACGGUGUUGUGCGGCGCGGCGGUGGCGCGGCCGCAGGUGCCCGUCUUCGACCCGUUCCCCAAGUACAACCCCAUCGACGUGCGGAUCCCGCGGCCGUCCGCCACGCCGGCGCGCCCGUCGCCGCCAGCGAGCCGCGCUCCGCCCCCACCGCGCCCCGUCGUGCCGUCGCAGCCGCUGCCGGCCCCCGCGCCACAGCCCGCCUUCGUGCCAGCGCGCACCAUCCCGCAGGCCUCCUCAGAGGGCCACUGGAUCAUCAUCAAGCAGGCCAAGGACCAGCGCAACGAUGGAUCCUACCGGUGGAACUACGAGACGGAGAACGGCAUCGCGGCUGAGGAGACGGGCGCCCUGAAGGCGAUCGCGCCCAACGAGGACGGCACGGCGGCGCAGGGUUUCUACUCAUACACGGCGCCCGACGGCACGCCAGUCCGCGUCACCUACACCGCCGACGAGAACGGCUUCCAGGCGCAGGGCGACCACUUCCCCGUGGCGCCGCCCAUCCCGGAGGCGAUCCAGCGCGCGCUCGCCUGGAACGCCGCCCACCCGGAGGAGGAGGUCGAGACUCCAGCCAGGAGGGCCUGAGCUUCCUCUCCACCUCACGGAUACACUGCCGGACGUCCACCGCCGGACCGUCUUCGACUAACAGAACCGUCUUCGAGCCUCGGACACUUCUACUACCCUAGUAACUUCUCUUCGUUUCCCAACAAGGCGCAUCGCCAUGCGUCGAUGUCUUUCUAGCGUCGUAGCAACGCAGUAACUGUGCUACUUUGCAGCCCCCGUCUCGUGAGUGUGCGGUGCGCGUCUCCUUCUCAACCUCCGCGCGUCUCUUCUUCGCGAGUUCAGUUCCUCACUCUUAUGCUGAACGAUAUUUAAGAUCUUAUAUAAUUAUGUGUAUCAUUGCAUGGCAAUAAAGUUUAUACUAAGGCCAGUAAAAA